GGGGGAGGGAGAGGGGAGGGGAAGCUUGGUAUAUUUGAAUCUCUGAUUAAUUAGUGUAAAUGUCUGUGAAGGCAAUGAUGACCACCCCAGUUUCAGAUGGCUCGGUUUCAAAGAGGCCGACAAGGCGCAAAUCUGCUCUGAAGAAUUAUGAUGAAAGUUUGAUGGAUGAGCUAAUCGAGACACAGAUAGGUGGUGGUGCUUCAAAGAAAAAAAAGAGAACUAAGGAGGAUUUGGAGAAAGAAACUGAAAUCGAGGCCAUGAUAGCUCUAUCUUUGGGGUUUCCCAUAGAUGAGUUGCUUCCGCAAGAGAUUGAAGCUCGGGUUGUCACUGAGUUGGGAGGGAAAGAGCAAAAUGAUUAUAUUGUUGUAAGGAAUCAUAUACUUGCGACGUGGAGAGCUAAUGUUCGCAGUUGGCUCUCAAAGGGACAAUUAAGAGAGACCGUAAGUAGUGAGUAUGAAAAAUUGUUGAGCAUUGCUUAUGAUUUCCUUUUGUACAAUGGGUACAUAAACUUUGGAGUUUUACCUUCCUUUUCUCCUCCAAGUUCAGAGGAGGGAUCUGAGGGGUCUGUAAUAAUUGUUGGAGCAGGCCUAGCUGGGUUGUCCGCAGCUCGGCAGCUGAGGUCAUUUGGUUUUAAGGUGAUGGUCCUUGAAGGUAGGAACCGACCAGGGGGAAGGGUAUAUACUCAGAGAAUGGGUCACGACGGCACAUUCGCUGCUGUAGAUCUUGGAGGAAGCGUGAUCACUGGUAUUCAUGCAAAUCCAUUAGGAGUAUUAGCUAGACAACUGGCAAUUCCCCUUCACAAGGUGAGAGACAACUGCCCAUUGUACAAGCCUGAUGGAUCACCAGUUGAUAAGGAAGCUGAUUCCAAUGUGGAACUCAUCUUCAAUAAGCUACUUGACCAAGUAAGUCAAUUGAGGGGGGUAGUGGGCAGAGUUGCGAACCACACAUCUUUAGGCUCAGUUUUAGAGAAAUUCAGAGAUUUUUUUGGUGUAGCUAAAACGCCUGAGGAAAGACAACUCCUUGAUUGGCAUUUUGCGAAUUUAGAAUAUGCUAAUGCUGGAUGCCUUUCAAAGCUUUCUGCCGCUUACUGGGAUCAGGAUGAUCCUUAUGAAAUGGGUGGUGAUCAUUGCUUUCUUGCUGGUGGAAAUUGGGGGCUUAUAAGAGCAUUGUGUAAAGGGGUCCCUAUUUUAUAUGGAAAGACUGUUCAGACCAUUAGGUAUGGCGAUGAAGGUGUUGAAGUUGUUGCCGGAGACCAAGUGUUUGAAGCAGAUAUGGUCCUUUGUACUCUUCCUCUUGGGGUCCUAAAAAAGAAAACAGUAAGAUUUGAGCCAGAAUUGCCGCAAAGGAAAUUACAAGCAAUAGAAAGACUAGGUUUUGGAUUGUUAAAUAAGGUUGCGAUGUUAUUUCCUCACAACUUCUGGGGAGAAGAGUUAGAUACAUUUGGCUGUCUCAAUGAGUUCAGCCAUAGACGAGGAGAGUUUUUCUUAUUUUACAGCUACCAUACUGUCUCUGGUGGAGCAGUAUUAGUUGCUCUGGUGGCUGGAGAAGCUGCACAAUCAUUUGAAGAUACUGAUCCAGCCAUUAUGAUUCAUCGUGUUCUGAAUGUCCUCCGAGCUAUAUAUGGCCCAAAGGGCAUUAGUGUGCCUAACCCCAUACAAUCUAUUUGUACAAGAUGGAGCAGUGAUCCCUUUUCUUAUGGUUCAUAUUCUCAUGUCCAAGUGCAAUCAUCUGGAAGUGAUUAUGAUAUACUUUCAGAAAGUGUUGGGACUCGGCUGUUUUUUGCGGGCGAGGCCACAAUUCGACAACAUCCCGCGACCAUGCAUGGUGCCUUUCUUAGUGGCUUAAGAGAAGCUUCACGUAUAUUACUAGCGACAAAAGCUCGUCAAAGUAAUCCUAGGAAGUUUGUACAGAAGAGUAUUGGUCCAAGCAAUGACAUUUUGGUAGAGCUGUUUAAGAAGCCUGAUAUAAAAUGUGGAAAGCUCUUAUUUGUCUUUAAUCCAUUAACUGAAGAGCCCAAAUCGCUGGGGCUUUUGCGUGUUAGUUUAGGAAAGCAUGAGGAUGAUUUCCAUGGUAAACAUUCUGGUGAAAAGGCAGCUUACAAUCAAAAUGGUUUGCCAGACCAACAAGUGCAGCUAUAUACAGUUCUAUCUCGAGAACAGGCACGAGAAUUGCUGCAGGUCAGUGGAGGAACUCAGGGUAAGUUGUUAUAUUUGUUCAAGAAUAUGAAUCUGAAGUUAAUGGGAGCUAGUGGUUUAGGGGCAUUAGGCAGCUCUGUGACCACUACCCUUGCAAAUGUACGUAAAGGCAGAGGCCGGAAUCGCUUGUCUGGACCUCAAACUGUUAUAUGAUGUAGUCAUGCGACAACAGAUAGUUAAGUGGAAUACACAUAAAAAAGGAUGAGAUCAUUUUGCUUGACAUAUGACCCUUUUGUAGAUUGUAGCUAAUAGGGUUGACAAUUGAUAUACUGAAAUCAAAAGUAGAUUUUUCCCCUCUUUUUGGGUAGUUUUAGCCCAGUCAGUGGCGGCCUUAGAUGGAUAGAGUUUUGUGUUGUGAGUAUGUUGGCUGGACAUUUUGGCCUGCUCUGAUCCAUGGUGACUUCUAGGGUAGCUCCAUUUUCAUAGAUUUUAGUGUAGAGUUUCUCUUCAUGUUAUGUUUCUCUUAGUCCCUGCAAAAUGCAGAGGCCCUUUGUCUGUAUACACAUUAAAAGUUAGUUUCUGUAUCUGUAUACAGUAGUACUCUGCAGAAAGAAUGUCUGAUUCUUAAUAGAAAAAUGUGUCAUUUUUC